CCAGGUCAUAAAAUCCCUUAAAAAAACUCUAUGUCAAUGUCAUUCUCCAUAAAAUAAAAGAUGUUCAUUGUUUUACUUUAACUCGUUUGUUUUAAAAUCCACAACAAAACUACUACCACUACUGACUAUUUAUUUAUGUAAAAUUUCUACAAAUAAACGUUUUAAGUUUUACAAAAAAACUUUAGUAAAUCAAUAUCAUGGCCACUCCCACUCCUGAUUCGCAAGAUAACUUUGACCAGUUUGAUGAAGAAGAAGAGCAACAGUUAGGUGGAACUACAUCUGGUCGUAAAAGACUUUUUAGUAAGGAAUUGAGAUGUAUGAUGUAUGGAUUUGGUGAUGAUCAAAACCCGUAUACUGAAAGUGUCGAUUUUUUAGAAGACUUAGUUAUUGAAUUUAUAACAGAAACAACACAUAGGGCAAUGGAAGUUGGUAGAACAGGAAGAGUCCAAGUAGAAGACAUAAUUUUCUUAGUUCGUAAAGAUGCACGAAAGUAUGCACGUGUUAAAGACCUUCUUACAAUGAAUGAGGAACUUAAGAAAGCUAGAAAAGCUUUUGAUGAAGUAAAAUAUGUUGGUGAGUUGUACAUUUGAUUGUAAAAUUUGAGUGAAUUUAUUCCCAUUAAAAAAUCCAAUUCUAUAUUACUAUCAUUGUAGUGUUUCAGUUUGAGAUGUUUCAUCUAAAGUGUGAUUAUUAAUGUUUGUAUUGAAAUGUUUUGAAAUUAUAGAGGACCAACAGUAACCAUACUGUGGCCAUACAACCGACGCCAUGCUUCUAGACUGAUUGAUGCAAGUAACAUAUAUUUAAUUAUAACACUGCUUUUGUGUUUGCACAUUCACAACAACACUAAUGUCAUGAAUGGUUGUAAAUUUAAUAAGAUCCUGAAUGUAGAUGUAUCUGUAAUUUGUUUUGAUUACUUUAAAUGUAUGGUAAAUUAUACUAUAUAAUAUAAUAUUUAUUUACUAUCAAAUAUAUAAUAUUUAGUACCUACUUUUUUAAAUUUUAUUGUGAUCACCAGUGUAUUAUAAACAAUAAGGUUAUCAUUAUAGUAAUAGAGUUAGAAGACCUUGUGCAAACGAUAUUAUAGAAUGUUCUGUUAAGUAGUAUUUGCCCAAAUUGUAGCAUGUGAAUCUGAUUGUGAAAACUAAAUUCUAUUUUUCUUAAUGAAUAUGCAUUUUUAUUAAAAAAAAAUCUCACAAAUGAAUCAUGAAAGUAUUUUCUAUUACUAGCCACAAUUUUUCUCAUCUUUGUGGCAAAGUUCAAAUACCUCCUUGGUAAAUAGAAGUGUCAUUUUUGAGAUUAUCUAUGAAUGAAACUAAGCUAUUGUUUGAUAUCUGUAUAUGAAUGGAACAACCAGCCAAGUAGAUACCAUCAAAUGGAACAAAGAAUAAUCGAACAGCAAAAUAUUUGGGACUGUGGAGCUUAAUAUUAUCAUGCAGGAGCAUCACUUUCUUGUGUCUCUGCUCAUUUUGUGGGCAUUUUUCAUGCAGUGUAAGCAUUGCAUUAAGCUUCACUGCAUUAAUUAUAUUCUAUAUCAUUCUUCAGUGGAGGUUUUGUUCAGCUCCACAGCUCUUAAUAUAUAAUGCCAACCUGAUUGCACCAAAUACACAGUAUAACCUUCGUAAGCUGAAUAUUUGGCAGUGGCAAUGAUGUAGAAACAUUAACGGGGAGUCUAUCAUUAGUCCUUUUCCUCCCCGUGUGUUUCAUCAUUGCAAAACCCUUUCUUUUGUACUGUUGGAGUAGUCGUUCACAGAUGAAAAGACAAUGUUCAACAUCAUUUGGCUUCACUUCUAAAGGGAAUCAAGUGUUACCCACUAGUGGAUAUGCCCAAUCUUGGCUUGCAACCCUUAAUAUCGAAACAAGCUGAUCUUAUGUUUGAUAUGAAUCCUCAUCGAACAAUAGGUUUUCAUCUUUCGCAUCUGUGGAGCGACGGAACCAAUCAAUGCCAUGUUGCUUCAUUCACAUUUUCUCAAUGCACUUGAGCUGCUGUUUUCUUUGAAUGAAAGCAAUUCUUCCUGCAAAUGAUGCUUCAUUGGCACAAAAUCAGACCAUAACUUAUUGCUGCAAUUUGGUAGGUAAGCUCCUGGGGAUCAACCUACUCCUGACUGAUCUCCAAAUCUUGCCCCUCCUGCCUAAGUCCAACCUGGCCUGCCUUAUCUUGGUGAAGCUGGAAGACAUCCAUGCAAUGCCGCUAUCAAAAAAAAAAUUGCAAAUAAUCUGUUUAACAAUAAUAAUUAAUUUCACGUAUGUUUUCACGUUUAGAAAUUCAUAUUGCAUAAGCAUUUUUAUUGUUUAUUGUUAAUUUAUGUGUUACUUUUGCACUUUGGUAUUUGAAAGUUGUGUUUUGGCAAGAGAUAGCAGCUUGAACAGUUAGCAUGUUAGGAUAUGAGAAUUUGUGUACUAAUGAAAUGAAUGUCUAAUAUUUACAUCUUGUACUACUUUAUAGGUACUCUAACCCUAGAUAUAUCACAUAAAACUGUUUGGCUUGAUAAAGAAAUUAAAGCACUACUAUCUGUAGAAUGUUUUUUAAGAGAAAACAACAGGAUUAGCAAUUGUAGCAUAAUAGUAUUUGUGUUGCUAAUGGGAAAUAUAUGUGUUGUGUUCAAAAUUGUAUGUUAAAUAAUUGCAAAUUUGUUUCCACCAACAAGGUUUGUUGGUGGGGGAGUAAUUUAUUGUUAAUAAAUUGAGUAAUAGGCUAAUUAUGCAUUUAAAAUUUCAGAAUGAAUACCAAAAACAUAAUUGGACCUGAUAAAAGUAAUACCAAUUUGGGACUUUGGAGAGCAGUGAAAUGAAAAAUGAAUUAACUAUUUGAUAUUAUGAAUUUAUUAAGCUAGUAAGGUAAUAAGUAAUAAAACUUACUGACAAAUA